CGUAGGUAACUAAGUAAGUAGGUAUAGCUGGCGCAUGUGACUGCGUCUAGAAACGGAUCAAGAAAUGUGUUCGCGUUUAGUCGUGAUCGAGCUUAACUAUUAAGAAGUACUAAUCGUUACCUAUAUUACUACAUGCCUAAUGAUACUCAUUAUUUUUUUUUAUCUUCUCAGCAGAAUCUCGUAUCCGAGUUAACACGAAUAAUAUUUAAUUUCACAGUGCGGUCGUAUUUCUGUAUAUUUUUGUCUAUAAUAAGCGUAUAAGUACAUAGUUACCAGUUUUCAGGCGUGAAGUGAUGUGAAAUACCAAGAGAUAUUAUUACUGUCAAAUCAAUACCUAUUCCGCCGGAGCGUAAUAAUGACACUGCGACGUCACUUGACGUUAGCCCUAUGUCUAGCUCUAUUUUGUAUGAUAGAAUGGACGAGUGGAUCAAAGUUGAGGAAACAGCGUGAGACAACAAUUAUGAAGUUUGUCAAGUUACUAUUCUAUAGGCUGAUUUACGGUUUCGCCAAUAUGAUCGGUAUGGGAGAAGUUGCUGAAGAAUUCGGCGACGGAGUGCUAGCUCCCCCGGACAGCGAUUAUCGACAAGAAGACGCAGAGGACGAUUAUUACAACGACAAUAAGAACGACGAUUAUUACAAUUAUGAAGAAUAUUGAUAUCAAGACCGAACGAACCCUGCUUAGAAUAUUUAUAAAUUAUUAAUUAGUGUAAUUAAUAUUAAUAUUACUACCUAUACUAUAUUCAAGUUGAGUUUACUCACUUUUGCGCAUUCCUAAUGAGUCUACAACGAUACAAAUUAUGUGAUGAAGGAUAUUACACUUCAUUAUACUUUGUAGCGUGUUGCUUACAGCGUUAACUUGAAUAGAGUACCACAGCUAGUCGCUAUACCUAAAAAUUUAUUCUGUUUCACUAUAAUGUAAAGUGAUAAAUGUUUAUUUGUAUAUUUUUACUAUGUCUUAUUAAUUUUACAUAUUCACGAGGUAAACAUUUUUAGAGUGAACGUUAAAUUUGCAAUUUUAUAAUACAUGCGAGUAUGGUAUCUUCUUAGUGCUUUGCAAUUUUUGUUCAGAAAAUUUCUUACCAAUAAUUAUUUGUAUUGUUGUAAAUUGUAAUACAUAUAGGGUUAGGUAAUAUUAUUAUUAACUAUAAAUUAUUAUAAUAUAUUUAUUUUAUAAAAUAUAUUUAUAUGUAUAAUUAUUUGUAUAUGUGUGUGUAUCAGUAUACCUAGUACUUUCUUUAUAUUUCAUAAUUUAUAUUUAUAUACAUGAUACAAUAUACGACUUCAUAAUAUCUUGGCAAGUUAUCUAUAGUUUUAGUACCUUCAGCAUUUUAGAUUUAAUUGUUUAGAAUUUUCAGAUGAUUAUUAUAUAGUGAAAUAGACAUAAUAUAUUUAUUAUUUUGUCAAUUCUUUCUACUUUCAACAGAUACACUAGCAACUGCAGCAUUUAAAAGUCAGGCGUAUAAAAAUAAAUUUAACGAUGAAUGCAUCUAGUUUCAUAUUAAAUAAAUCUCAAUUUUUAAUUUAACAUUUAUUGACUGCAGUGAUUCUAUAUUUGUAUGCGUCCGUCCUAUGUUUAUUUUAUAAUAAGCCUUUCAAAGAAAUGUGACUGAGUAUAAUGAAAAUAAUGUAUUUACAAAUUUAUAGUAGAUACCUAUUGACUGAUUUAUAUUUACUACUUUGAGUCCUAAAACAUAACGUGAUACACUAUUAUGUAUUAUCUAUAUUAAAUAAUAUAAUUUAUUAUACUAUACCUA